CAUCUCUAGCUAGUUUGUUCCUUAGUUUUUGGUCAUAUAUAUUGUAGCUAGCCUCAUUCUUAGGUACAUACACUAGUUGGCUCCCAAAGUCAUGGAUCCAGUGAAUUUUUUCCGUGAAGAACCAAGAAGGGUGAUCAAUGGUCCUCGUCCAUCACCAUUGAGGAUUAACAAGGAUUCUCAUGUUAUACAGAAACCAUCUUCGAUGAAUCAAGUUUACAAGAAGGCUGCGACGGAGCAAAAUACUAGGUUGAGUACUCAGCAGCCGAGACAGCCCGUGAUUAUUUACACUCAUUCUCCUAAGAUUAUUCAUACAAAGCCUAAGGAUUUCAUGGCUUUGGUGCAAAAACUUACGGGUUUUUCGCGGUCCGAGGAGCAAAUUGUUGAAGCUGAAUCUAAGAGGGAUGAUCAAACAAUUACCAUCAGUCAAGAGGAUAAUGACUCGUCUUCGGUUACAAGUGAUGACAAGUAUGAAGGUGAUAAUGCUAGUGAUGUGAUUAAGGAGAGCUCAUCUGCAGUGUCCCCUGUUAACAAAGGCCUAAAUCCAUACUUAACUGAUAUCCCUCUAUUUACUCCAAACUCAAACUUAUUUUCUUCACCUCAGCCUGUUUUCAGAUACCCUGAUGUGGUAUUUACCUCCCCAAAUAUCGUCAGUUCGCUGUCUCCUUCGUUUGUGGAGUUCAUGAAGGGUCUUCCGGAGUACUGAUUGGAGUCUCUUGGAUAUGGUGAUGGAAGUAUACUUGGUCGGGUCCUUCCUCAAGUUGGUAGAACAGUUUUCUUGUCCAUAGGUCCAAAUGACAGGGGAACCGAACGGUAGUUAUCCCAUCUGCACAGUUCUUAAAGAGUAUCAUAUGUGGUCAGCGGAAAUGUUAUUGCUGGAGCAAGUUCUUGAUUGUUGGACCAAAUAAUGGAGAUUCUUCGUGUUCCUCAGGCUUCCAAGUUAGCCAGCUGAAUGUCGAUGUGCUCUUCAUUUUUAGAAAAUUUUCAUUCCUACGUAAGAGCUCAAACUACCAUUUUGGAUCGAUAGUUUUGAUGAAACAAAUAAAUUGAUGCUAGACAACAGCGUCCC